AUGGAAUUAGAGAAAAGCUUCGCGGCCCCCAGGAGCGGCCGAGCAGGACAUGGAGGAGUGAAUCAGUUAGGGGGUGUUUUUGUGAACGGCCGCCCCCUUCCAGAUGUUGUUCGUCAAAGGAUCGUGGAACUUGCCCACCAAGGGGUCAGGCCUUGCGAUAUCUCCAGGCAGCUGCGGGUCAGCCAUGGUUGUGUCAGCAAAAUACUUGGCAGGUAUUACGAAACUGGUAGUAUUAAGCCUGGAGUGAUUGGAGGAUCAAAACCAAAGGUCGCCACACCCAAAGUCGUUGAAAAAAUUGCGGAGUACAAGCGCCAAAAUCCUACCAUGUUUGCAUGGGAGAUCAGGGAUAGACUUCUAGCUGAGCGAGUGUGUGACAAUGACACAUGGACCUUGAUGUCUGGGGUGAGCAGGAUCAUACGGACGAAGGUACAGCAGCCACCCAAUCAGCAAGUCCCUGCUUCCAGUCACAGCAUAGCCUCCACAGGGUCUGUGACGCAGGUGUCUUCAGUAAGCACUGACUCUGCUGGCUCUUCCUACUCCAUCAGUGGGAUUCUGGGAAUUACUUCCCCUGGCACAGAGAGCAACAAACGCAAGCGGGAUGAAGGUAUUCAGGAGUCUCCAGUACCAAAUGGACAUUCUCUCCCGGCUAGAGAUUUUCUUCGGAAACAGAUGCGAGGAGAUCUUUUCACUCAGCAGCAAUUAGAAGUGUUGGACCGAGUCUUCGAGAGACAACAUUAUUCUGACAUUUUCACAACAACCGAACCCAUCAAACCGGAGCAGGCAACUGAGUACUCAGCCAUGGCAUCAUUAGCUGGUGGAUUAGAUGAUAUGAAGGCCAAUAUAACAAGCCCAACUUCUGCAGAUAUAGGAACUAGCGUGCCGGGACCACAGUCAUAUCCUAUUGUAACAGGUCGCGAACUGGCAAGCACAACCCUCCCGGGAUACCCUCCGCAUGUCCCCCCUGCUGGACAGGGCAGCUACUCCGCUCCGACGCUGACAGGAAUGGUGCCUGGGAGUGAGUUUUCUGGGAGUCCAUACAGCCACCCGCAAUAUUCAACAUACAAUGACUCCUGGAGAUUCCCCAAUCCUGGACUGCUGGGCUCUCCUUACUAUUACAGCGCUGCAGCCCGUGGAGCAGCUCCACCAGCAGCCACUGCUGCUUAUGACCGCCACUGA